AUGUCUGCUGAUAUUGGUCUAAUUGGUUUGGCCGUUAUGGGUCAAAACUUGAUUUUAAACAUGGCUGACCAUGGUUUUACAGUCUGUGCUUACAACAGAACUGUUUCAAAAGUUGACCAUUUCUUAGCAAAUGAAGCUAAGGGUAAGUCUAUUAUUGGUGCUCAUUCAAUUCAAGACUUAGUAUCAAAAUUGAAAAGACCAAGAAAGGUUAUGUUAUUAGUUAAAGCUGGUAAUCCAGUCGAUUGGAUUAUUGAAGAAUUAUUACCAUUCUUAGAAAAAGGUGAUAUUAUUAUUGAUGGUGGUAAUUCUCAUUUCCCUGAUACUAACAGACGUUAUGAAGAUUUGACUAAGAAAGGUAUCUUAUUUGUUGGUUCAGGUGUUUCAGGUGGUGAAGAUGGUGCUAGAUUAGGUCCUUCUCUAAUGCCAGGUGGUGCUCCAGAAGCUUGGAAAGAAAUUAAAGAUAUCUUCCAAUCAAUUUCUGCUAAAGCAGAUGGUGAACCUUGUUGUGACUGGGUUGGCCCAGCUGGUGCAGGUCAUUAUGUUAAAAUGGUUCAUAAUGGUAUUGAAUAUGGUGAUAUGCAAUUAAUUUGUGAAGCUUAUGAUAUUAUGAAAAGAGUUGGUGGUUUCACUGACAAAGAAAUCGGUGAUGUUUUCUCCAACUGGAAUUCCGGUGUCCUUGAUUCUUUCUUAAUUGAAAUUACAAGAGAUAUUUUGAAAUUUAACGAUGUUGAUGGUAAACCAUUAGUCGAAAAAAUUAUGGAUAAAGCCGGUCAAAAGGGUACUGGUAAAUGGACUGCCAUUAAUGCUUUAGAUUUAGGUAUGCCUGUUACUUUAAUUGGUGAAGCUGUCUUUUCAAGAUGUCUUUCUGCUUUAAAAGAUGAUAGAGUUAGAGCUUCAAAAGUUUUAGCUGGUCCAACUAUUCCAAAGGAUUUGAUUAAAGAUAAAAAACAAUUUGUUGAUGAUUUAGAACAAGCUUUAUAUGCUUCAAAGAUCAUUUCUUACUGUCAAGGGUUUAUGUUAAUUAGAGAAGCCGCUAAGACUUAUGGUUGGGAAUUAAAUUUCCCUUCAAUCGCUUUAAUGUGGAGAGGUGGUUGUAUUAUUAGAUCUGUCUUCUUAGGUGAAAUUACUAAAGCUUAUAGAAGUAACCCAGAUUUAGAAAAUCUAUUGUUCGAUGAUUUCUUUAACAACGCUGUUUCAAAGGCUCAAUCUGGUUGGAGAAAGACUAUUGCUUUGACCACUACUUACGGUAUCCCAACUCCAGCUUUUGCUACUGCUCUAGCCUUCUACGAUGGUUACAGAUCUGAAAGACUACCAGCUAACUUAUUACAAGCUCAAAGAGAUUACUUCGGUGCUCACACUUUCAGAGUCUUACCAGAAUGUGCUUCUGACAACUUACCUCUAGGUCAAGAUAUCCACAAUAACUGGACUGGUCAUGGUGGUAACGUUUCAUCCUCUACUUACCAAGCUUAA